AUGAAGACGGAUUUGUUGACCCUAGGGAGGACAUACAGUAUAGGCUGUGGCCGAGGGCUCUGUGAGGAGCAGCAUUGCAGCGUGAGGGAGAUACUGAAAGUCGAUUCCGCCGCUCUUUGCUAUUUCAUCCUCAUUCCUCCGAGGGUUUAUGGUAUAACAAGAUUUCUUGUAGCUGGAAAAGAUGGAUUUUUUUUCAGAUUAUUCUCUUCGAAGAGAUUUGAACUUAAAGGUGACGACAAACAAUCGUUCACCGUGUCUUACUUGAUAAACUCCUGUGGUUUGUCCUCAGAAGCUGCUAUUUCUGCAUCCAAGAAAGUUCAGCUGAAUUCCCCUGAAAAAGCAGAUCUUCUGCUGGCCCUCUUCAAGAGUCAUGGAUUUAGCAAUGCCCAUAUAUCUAAAAUGAUCACUAAGUUGCCCAUUACCCUUACGGCGGACCCUGAGAAAACGGUAUCGCCUAAAUUAAAGUUUUUCCGUUCAAUUGGGGUUCCAGCUCCUAUUCUUGCUAGGAUGGUGUCCCAUAGCCCGCUGAUUUUGAGAUGCAGCCUUCAAGACAGAAUCAUCCCUAUUUAUAACAUUCUGAAGACGCUGUUGCAGACCGAUGAGAGGAUCGUUCAUUUUAUCAAGCGCGUAGGUGGGAAUUAUCAUUUUAUCAAUGGUGUGCUGAAAUAUAUUCAUUCUAAUGUUGCUACGUUGAGGAAAUAUGGACUGAGUGAAUCCAAUAUCUCGUUUUUUUUGUCAAAUAAUCCCAAGAUUCUGCUAAUAAAAACUGAUAGGCUAGCUGUAUUGGUCGACAGGGUUAUUGAAUUGGGUUUCGAUACUACAAAGGUUUAUUUUGUGGUUGCAAUGGAAACUCUCUUUGGUAUGAGCAAGUCAACUUGGGAACAUAAGAAGGAAGUAUACCAAAGAUGGGGUUGGUCUGAGUCUGAUAUUCUUAAAGCGUUUUCAGUACAUCCCAAGUGUAUGAGCUUAUCAGAGAAGAAGAUAAUGUCUGUCAUGGAGUUUCUUGUAAAUGAGAUGAGCUUCCAGCCAUUAGAUAUUGCUAAUUACCCAGUUGUCAUUUGCUACAAUUUGGAGAAGAGAAUCAAGCCAAGAUGUCGCAUCGCUAAAGCUUUGUUGUUGAAGAAGUUGACAAAGAAAUCUUAUAGGCUAAGCAGUUUGAUGUUGAUCUCUGAGAGAUUGUUCUUGGACAGGUAUGUCACCAAGUAUCAAGGAAAAAUUCCUCUGUUGGAUGUAUAUCAUGGAAAGUUGAGUCUCGUUGACUUGGGUUUGGAAUGUGAAAAUCCAAAGUAAACCCGAAGUAGAAAUGUGUGAAUUUCAACGUCCGGUAACAUUUUGAUAGCAGAAUUGGAUGGUAUCUUGAAGUUUGGUUGUGACAUUGUUGUCUUAUUUCAGGUUUUAGUAGUUGGCAUAUAUAGUUCUAGAACUCUGUGAUCUAUUCUAAAUCAUGGUUUUCAUCGGAUGAAGUUUUUGUUCUUUGAUCAUAGAAUCGAAAGCUUACUGUUGAAGGGCAAAACAGUUGCUGAAAUAUCCUGAUUUUGCUAGACAUAGGAGCUUUAUUUGCUGAUAUGUAGCAAACUAAUAUUAUACCCAUAGACUUAGUAUUUUAAUCA